GUAGUGGGUGGUGAAGGGAAAUGAACAGAGAACUUCUCAUUUGGGUUCACGGGUAAGGGCCGUGUCGAGUAGAUAGGACGUUUAAUUCCUGGCGUACAGGACAGCCGGUAGCGGAGGGAAAUCCACGGAUUAUUUCUCAUGUCUGGCACGUCCGCGCGGCGCAGGAUGGACACCGAGGAAGCUUUAUGAAUCGGGCGCGACGCCGACCGCUCUAUCAACGCGAUUCGAAAACAUUGGGAAGGACCGAGGGCGGCGUUACGAAAUUUCCCGUGAAACGGAAGUACGGUAUUCGGGUUGAGGAUGUUUUGAGUGCAAUUUAACUUGCACGAGGGAAAAAGAAGAGGCGGGGCGGGAAAGAAGGCUAGAGCAAGAAGUCUCGCCGCGGGCUACGCGGGCUCCAACCACUCCUAGACAUUUUGCAUAACGAAGUUACGAAACGAUUCGCCGGGCGCGGAGCGUUGCAUGGCCUACGAAGCAGCUCCGGGCGCUGCUGAUUGAAAAUACCUUGAAUAUUGUGUCGCUUCUGGGUGACGCCAGUGCCGGCUGGAUACCUACGCCCCGAUGCAAUCUUCUGCCGUUAUGAAACUUACGGACCGAUUCGGUUAGGAGCUGUUUUUCCAGAUACACUGGUAGCCAAAAGCGAGCCCUCGGCAGACCUUCGAGGCCGUGGCUGAAGUCUCGUUCCACGGUUAUGCUGCUGGCGUCGCUUCGAGUGGCCGCCAGCAAAUGCUGUCAUGCCCUUGCUAUGCCAGCCGGCGGCCAGGAAGAGGCCGCUGGCCACGAGGUCCUUGAGCAGAUCGAGCACCUGUCUCGCGCUUAUUAUCGUUCUAGCGCUGAUCGGUCGCGAGGCAUCGCGGGCCGCCACCCAGAUUCGCUACGCUUCACGAAUCGUCGAGACCAAGACCGGACAGAUUCGCGGCAUUCUUCAGGAUUUGAACAGCAGACACUUGGACCCGGUGGAAGUGUUCCGCGGUAUCCCAUACGCUGCGCCUCCCGUAGGAGAUUUACGUUUCCGGCCACCGAUCUCGCCGAUCCCCUGGGACGGCAUCAAACUAGCGGAUUCGUUCGGCGCGGUUUGCCCGCAGCACUUCCCAGACAUCAGCAAUGACACAGCUGCUUUGUUGCAAAUGCCUCUGGGCAGAUACCAACAACUGAAGCGGCUCUACAUGUUCCUGACCAACCAAAGCGAGGACUGCCUCUAUCUGAACCUGUACAUACCCGGCAGUG